GCCGGAAGACUUUCGCGUCACCGCGGUUGAAACUACUAGCUGCCGAUAUUGAGUGGAAAGAACCGAGAGUAAAGAACGGUGCAUUGGGUAGGUUACAUCAUCAAUAUGUGCAAAGGAAAUGAGUCGGCGGAAAGUGACUGCAAGGAAGCUCCGAGUUUCCAACUCACAAUCAACGACUCGUCGACAACUGCGCACAAGUUGGACGGUCUCGAUCCGUGGACUAAUUACACCGUUGCACUAGCGGCCUUCAACAGAGCAUGCCAAUGGCUCCAAAAUGAUCAGUGAUGUGUCCACCGUGGUGUUCCAAACAGAUGCAGUUGCUCCAGGAAGCGUCACCAGACUAUCCGUGGUAGAGGUCACUAAUUGUAGCAUCUCUCUGGACUGGAGCAAGCCCAAUAUUACACGGGGCGAAGUCAAAUACUACAAUGUCACGUACUGCAUCGCGGCAAGCUGCAAAUCUGCUACCGAUGAGUGCGACACUCUGCAAGUGGACGAGGAGGAAGCGAAUAUUACCAACUUGAAACCUUGGACGUUUAUCGCUAUUCGUGUGGCUGCCGUUAACCUGAUGAAGAACGGAACUGAGCUGCUCGGCGACGCAGCGUCACUUUGUGAAAGGACGAAAAUAGGCGUACCCAGCAGGCCAGAAAGCAUCAAUGCAGCCGCAAAAGGAGACUCAAUUGUGAUUCGCUGGAAACCACCCCGUGUGCCGAAUGGAGAGCUAUCUCAAUACAAGGUUGAUGUCUGCGGCGAGAACGAAAGCACCGAAACUAGGUGUGACAAUCACACUGUCGAUGGAGGCAGAACCACCAUUGCCAUCCAGCACUUGGCUCCGUGGACCGUGUACAAUGUAUCAGUAGCUGCCCAGAACAUCGAGGGUGACCUGGUGUUGCAAAGCGAGUCAGUGAACACAACCGUGAAAACAGCCCCCGCUGCCUCCUCCGAGCCACGGAAUUUGAUAACAACCGAACAAGAGCAUUCGAUCAUCGUGGCCUGGGAGGCGCCAGAGUUACCACGAGGGCCAUUGGAUGGCUAUAACGUAUCGUGGAUCAUUGAAGACUGGCUCGGUCGUGUAACUGCGGUGGGAUCGCUUGUUACCAGCAACAACACAUGUCGACUUCCAGCGUGGAAACCGUACUCCAAUUACACGCUGUCCGUGCGAGCGUUUCAUCAGAUUGACGAUGCUGAACCACUGUAUGGUGAUGCUGCGCUGAAGGCUUUCAAGACGGCUGUGGAUGCUCCUGACCUGGCAAAGGUGGACAUCGUUGCAGGGCCACGAUCAGCUGCGAUUUUCUUGAGUGUGGCAGGCUCUCCAAAUGGGCCCCUUGACGGUUUUCUGUGGUGUAACUACGUGACUUACAAUUACCUCAGCGCCAAAAACAAAACUGGGGAGGAAGAACUCUGCACCAAUGGAUCACGCACAACUCGUCGGCUCCUUUUAUUAAAACAUCUGAAGCCCUGGACAUCCUAUACGUUCGCAGCACGUGCCUAUAACCUGGACUCAGAGGGAUCUCCAUUGGAAGGUCAAGAGACAUGGAUUUACUACAUGACAGAACAAGAUGCACCUUCGACUCCUAGGAACUUUUCGGUGGCUCGUUUUGAGUCUAGAUCACUGAUCGUCAACUGGUCCGAGCCGGCGGAGAAAAACGGAGAACUCGAAGGCUACGUCCUCACUUGGACGCUUAGCGCGGACGGCCGAGAGAUCAACCACGUAGACAUCAGCCCUCGAAGUACAAAGAUAUCCUCACUGGAGCCGUAUACGGAGUAUGUACUCCGGAUACGCGCUUACAACAAGCACCAUUCGAGGCGUCUUGAAGGCCCAUCGGUUGAAAUCCACGCUAGAAACGCUACCAGAAGCACCUGGUCCUGUUGCGGACCUAAACUUGAUGGCCUUCAAGAACAACUCUGUGCACCUUUCGUGGCAUCCUCCGCUUCAAAAACGAGGAGAGCUUCAGAGUUACGUUGUCAUCUACAACGCCUCUAAGCUAGGCAAACCAUCGUUAGCGAAUGUUCUCAGUGAUUCGUUGCCGGUUGCAAGUGUAUGCCAUGGGAAACCUGUUGUCUGCACCUUCGUCGUGGAGGAACUUCGAGCCGAAUACGUCUACAGCUUCGACGUGCGUGGCCUCAACGUUAACGUCAGCACUUUGGGUGAUGGCUUGGAAUCGCCACUCAAGGUCGAGGUACCAGCUGGAGACCCACCUCCUCCGAAGAACAUGUCACUGGUGGCCGCAGACUGCCCAUCGGCGCCUGAGCCGGACUCUCAGAAGAGGUUCAUGAUUUUCGCCGACAUGUUCGACGACAAGAACGGCGCAAUAAUACAUUACGAUGUGGUCGUGGGAUCCGCAGAGCUUAUUG